UUCAAAUUCUUGUGAAGGAGAUAACCCGAGAGGGAAAUAUCUGCUUACGUGGCAGCUGCUUAUACGUUGCAAAUCACAGUGUGGGCCCCUUCCUCUUCCAAAAUCAUACGUGGCACCAACCAAAACGUGGUAUUCGUCUCGCUCCCUCUCUCUCUCUCAAGCAACAACAAUGGCGUCCGCAGCUCCUUCUCUUGCAAUUUCCUCGUCGUUCUCCGAUUUCCGGACUCAGGUUCAUUCCUCUAACCGACCGAAUCUUCCGUUCUCGGCGUCAGUUCCGUGCAAGAACCAUUCACAGAGUCAGAGAAGAUUGAGACUCCCCGUCGUCGUCGGUUCGGUCUCGACGCCGAACGCGGAGCUCCGUACAGGUCCCGAUGAUCUCGUUUCCUCCAUACUCUCCAAGGUUGCGAACAGUGAUGGAGGUGUGACGUUGAGCAAAGAUCAACACAAGGAAGUGACACAAGUGGCUAAGGAGCUUCAGAAGUACUGCGUUGACGAGCCUGUGAAGUGCCCCCUCAUCUUCGGAGAGUGGGAUGUGGUGUACUGCUCUAGACCGACAUCUCCGGGAGGAGGAUACAGAAGCAUGUUGGGGCGUCUCGUUUUCAGGACAAAGGAGAUGAUUCAGGCUAUUGAAGCUCCCGAUAUCGUCAGGAACAAAGUGGCCUUCUCCGCAUUUGGCUCUCUCGAAGGAGAGGUCUCCUUGAAAGGGAAGCUGAAAGUGAUGGACAGCGAGUGGGUUCAGGUGAUAUUCGAGCCGCCGGAGCUAAAGGUCGGAGCUUUGGAGUUUAGAUAUGGGUUUGAAAGCGAAGUGAAGCUUCGGAUUACUUACAUUGACGACAAACUUAGGUUGGGAAUUGGUUCCAGAGGAUCUUUGUUCGUCUUUAGGAGACGUCAAUGAUUACUAACAAGCAUCUCUUCACCCAAAAAAAAAAAAAAGCAGUAUCUACAUCUUUGAGUUCCAAAAAAAUUGGUGGUGUAUUCUAAAUAAAUUGAAAAAAAAACAAACAAACAAUGUCGAUGUUGAUUCAGUGGAACUUUGUAUCUUUA